AGAUGGAAAUCUAAGUCACUCUCCCUGCUCCGAGGUUCCUGGCCUGCCCGUGGGAGCUGCCCAGCCCACCGCCCUGGAACGCAAACAGGACGGAGGCUACUGCUCCCAUGCUACAGCCGGGGACAGCUGCAACUCAGAGAAACAGCGAGCAGAAGCACGCAUGCCAGGGUCCCCCUGCUGCUACCUCCUGGGCCAGCUGAGGCCCCCUCAGUCCUCCCGGGGGCCUCAGACCGAAGCCCACUGCAGUGCCGCUGGGACCACAGGAAGCCCUUCCAGAAAUCGGUGGGCUGUGGUGCAGCGGCCAAGGCCCAGGCACCCGAGGGCCUCCUGCCUCCGGAGAUAGGGCCCUCCCGGCAGCACUCGGGGGAUAAGCCAGGCUAUUCUGGUCAUUUCCUUCCCUCUCGCGUGGUGGCGGCCACCGCUGCCUCCCAACCGUCUCCAGCCGUGCAGGCCACAGAGAGGGUGCCCAACAGAAGGCCUCACAGCCUGCCUGCCUGAUGCCUGCCUGGGGGGUCCUGGUCCUGCUCUGGGCCACAGUGGAGGCCACCAAGGACUGCCCUGCGGCGUGCACCUGCCAACACCUGGAAACCAUGGGGCUGAGGGUGGACUGCAGGGGCCGGGGGCUCACGGAACUGCCGGACCUGCCAGCCCACACUCGCCAACUCCUGCUGACCAACAACAGCCUGCGCUCCGUGCCCCCAGGCGCCUUCGACCACCUGCCCCAGCUGCAGACCCUCGAGGUGGAGCAGAACCCCUGGCACUGUGACUGCGGCCUCACCUACCUGCGCCUCUGGCUGCAGGACCGCAUGCCCGAGGCCCUGUGGUUCGUGCACUGCGCCAGCCCCAACCCCGCUGCCAACCGCCCGCUGCACAACCUCACGGGCUUCCAGCUGGGCAACUGUGGCUGGCAGCUGCAGACGUCCUGGGCCGGCCCGAGCGCCUGGUGGGAUGUGGCUCUAGGGGCCGUGGCCGUCCUGGGCCUGGCUCUGCUGGCCGCCCUGCUGUGCACCACCGAGGCCCUGGGCUGAGCCAGGUCCCCAGGGCUGCCCCAGGGCACAGAACCCCAGAAACCCCAAAUAAACUGGCAACUCAGCCAUUUUAUUGAGGC